AUGACCCCACCAGUAGUGGUCGUUUCGGACCAGGUUCAUGUGGGUCAACUUGUUGCACUUAUUGGCUAUAGCAUCUUGUGCACCUUUUGCCUGUUGUUGCUCGUCUAUCUGCGUUUGAAACGCCAUGUGGCUUUUAAAGGAGAUGCACAAGCGACACGUAAAGUGAUUUUGCCAGCUUUCGAGCCUCUUUUGUGGAUUCUUGCGGUUGUCACUGGAGGCUUUACUGUCUUUUUUUGGAUAGCUCUGCACGUCAAUCUAUACACAACGAGCUUGCCAUUUUUUGACAUAGAAAUUUUCUACGCUGGUCGCAUCUUUGUUUUCAUGCUUGCGAUCGUUUACUUGUGUCAGAAAAGUGUUUCGGUGCCUGCUCUUGGUCGUGCUGUGAUCAAGUCGGUUCUUCUUGCUUCGUACACAGUUCCAGUCGUGGGAUUGAUCACUUAUUAUGCUCCUCAUGAUACCAGAUUGUUUUUUUUCGUCAGGCUUGUGAUGCGACCGUCUAUCCUGGGCUAUGUAGUUUAUGUGUGUUUUAUCGAUCCACCAGCAGGGCGUGCAAGCCCGAAGACUCUACGCACUUACGGAAUCCACAUCAUCAUAUACCAUGUGCUUUUAGCCAUCAAUACAAUUCUUCAAAAAUACACUCCAAAAAACCGCGUGUAUUCGGCUACAUCUUACAUGGUGUUAGUUUGGGCCUCAGCCAGUCCGUUUUUCAUCUGGAGUUUGCUACGUGCCGACACGGAGUAUUGGAGAGGAAUGGGUCAACGAGCAUGGGCUUUACAGCGCGCAAGUCGGGAAUCUGGACUGCAUCUGGAACUUGACGAAAGUAUAUCUUCUAAUCGAAUUCAUCUUCUUAUUGAGACGCACAAGAACUUUGUGAUAGAUUUUGCACAUCUUGAGCUUCGGCGCAAAAUUGGUGCAGGUUCUAGUGCAGUGGUGUUUAGUGGACGACUUCGCCAGCAGAAGCCAGUUGCAGUAAAAGUUUAUACGCCAUAUCGUUUCACAGAAGAAGUCGUUGCAGAGUUUUCUCAUGAGGCAGCGCUUUGUGCAUCGUUGGAUCAUCCGAACAUUGUCACAUUCUUUGGUAUGUGUGUAUGCCCUCCGACCAUUUGCCUGGUGUCGGAGCUAUGCCAAGGUUCGUUGGAAGAUAUUUUGUACGCUCAGACUAAAUCACGCAGUCAGCGUCGUUUUACACGACAUCGGUUUGACGUUGAUGAUGAGUAUAGUAGUGCAGAAGUUUUUAACCCACAGCAAAUGCUCCUUAACAUCGCAUACAUGCUUGACUGCGCUCGUGCUGUUGCAUACAUUCAUAGCUUCACUCCGCCGUUCCUGCAUCGUGACAUAAAGCCGGCCAAUUUUUUAGUGGAUAUAGAAAACACUGUCAAACUCACUGACUUUGGCGAUUCACGUCGAUUGCCACGGAAAUUGCCACAAUCUUACAACACUAGUGUCAGCAAACCAGAGGAUGCUCGGAAUUCCGGUGGAACUUUUAUCUCUACGGAUUCUCAGUGCCCCUUGCCAUCACCUCCACAGAUCAAAAUGACAGUUACUGGUACGGUGAGCUACAUGGCACCAGAAAUGAUCGGAUGUCGCACUGGCUUGGCAAGUUACGGGGAAGCUGCCGAUGUGUACUCGCUUGCCAUAACAUUUUGGGACAUUUUGUACCCAGACCGCGAAAAAUAUCCUGUCACGAACCCCAUGCUCUUGUUUGAAGGGGUGCUGAAUGGCUGGCGCCCGCCACUUGAAGAUGUAGAUCCAAGUGGUGCAGACGAGACAAUGCCUUCCAAAUUACGUGAAGUUAUCACUCGUGCAUGGCACAGCGACCCAAGUAUUCGUCCAACAAUGCCGCAAAUUGUUCGCUCUCUGGAAUGUAUUCAAGAAGAAUUGCUUUCAGUACUUGCUCAAGACCUUAGCGAUGACUUUGAAAAAUUAAACACUGGGUGUCAGAUUGUUUCGUCUGAAAAGUGCUUCACAGGCGAGUUUCUGAUUGAACGAAUGGAAGAUUUGGCAGUCACUGAGUCGCGUGAGGAAGGCUUGCGCCUCGGACGCGCACUUAUGGAUGCUGGCUUCUUGCAUCAGCUUCAUCAUGCCAAAGGCUUCGAAGACAGCGACACUAUAUACUUUUUUGACGAUAAUAACAUAAAUUUUUGCCAGCCGUUAGCUAUGUUAGAAGAAGCUGCAGGCAUUGAGUCAGACGAUGAGCUGUUUGCCUUUCAAGCUCAGCAGAAGAGCGUUAAAGUCCGUAGAGGUCCAAGAUUUUUUUCCCACAUUACAAAUACAUUUUCAUCAAACGGCCAUUCAUCAGGGGCCACUAGCGGUGAUGAAGAAACAAACACCUCGUCCUGUGCGUGCCGCUUACGUGGUCAAAGGCUCAACCUACUAGCGAGCGCAUCUGAUCGGCAAAGUCAAUCGAAACCUCGACAACGAAAGUGGCACAAACGCUCUCAUUGGCAUCAAUCACGGGAAAAUAGUAGUAGCACCCGAAGCAGUUUGAGCUUUUUGACUUCCCCGAAGAGAGUGAGGCAAAAGGAUAGACGCAAAACAGAAAAUUCUCUCACACAUAAACUGCUUGAUGGCGUAUCAGAUCAUGCGGUCGAGAUAAGUGACCCUGAAGAGAGAGAUUCUAUGACACUGGCUCGACCAGCAGCGUAG